CUGCCUCUUUCAGAGUCUCUGAAUGUGGAAUGUGAAGCGUAAGCAGCGGGAGCAUCGGCAAGGUUUUAUGAAUGGUGGGUUAGAUUGGGUUUCCAUCGACGACCAUUAGAUUUUAUUUUCCCCCAAUUUGUUUAAAGGAGGGAGGAGAGUCGGCAUUUCCGCGUCGUUGAUGCUCUUGCUGUUUGAUGCUGUCUUCUGCUCGCUCCCACCAGAUCUGCGCUCUUUCAUAAUUCUCCAGGCGCCGGAGAUGGCCGAAGGGGAAGCGGUGGAUGGCGCCGCCGAGGGGCGCCUGCGCCGCGCUGGGAGCGACGGCAUGAUGCCGCUCGCGCAGCUGAUCGGGGAGGAAGCGAGGAUGGAGAAGGUAGAACGGCCGCGUGUGCGUUACGGCUGCGCCGCCCAGUCAAAGAAGGGGGAGGACUACUUCCUCUUCCGGACCGAUUGCCAGCGCGUCGCGGGCGACCCCUCCUCCUCGUUCUCCGUAUUCGCGGUCUUCGAUGGGCAUAAUGGUAAUGCUGCUGCAAUAUAUACGAGAGAUAACUUGUUGAAUCAUGUUAUGGGUGCAAUUCCUAGUGGGCUUAGUCGGGAAGAAUGGGUUCAAGCUCUACCUCGUGCUUUGGUAGCUGGAUUUGUAAAGACCGAUAAAGAAUUCCAGCGAAAAGGACAAACAUCUGGAACCACAGUGACAUUUGUAAUAAUCAAUGGAUGGACAAUUACUGUUGCUUCAGUAGGAGAUUCUCGAUGCAUCUUAGAUGCACGAGGGCUGGUUUCUGCACUCACUGUGGAUCAUAGGCUUGAAGAAAAUGUAGAAGAGCGGGAACGAGUUACUGCUAGCGGAGGUGAAGUUGGGAGACUCAAUGUUGUUGGCGGCGUUGAGAUUGGUCCCCUUCGCUGUUGGCCAGGAGGGUUAUGCUUAUCCAGAUCAAUAGGAGAUAUGGAUGUUGGGGAAUUUAUUGUUCCUGUUCCUUUUGUCAAGCAAGUCAAGCUGUCAAAUGCUGGAGGAAGACUUAUAAUUGCUUCAGAUGGUAUAUGGGACGCUCUCACUUCUGAAAUGGCUGCAAACUCUUGCCGAGGUUUACCUGCAGAGCUUGCUGCCAGACAAGUUGUUAAGGAAGCACUUAGGACAAGGGGUUUGAAGGAUGAUACAACUUGCAUUGUUGUUGACAUUGCUCAACCUGAUCACUCAGAACCACCUCCAUCUCCACCGAGAAAAACAAACAAAUUCAAGUCUUUCAUCUUCAGAAAAAAAUCAAAAGAUUCUGCUAAUAAGCUAUCAAAGAAGCUAUCUUCUGUUAGUAUAGUUGAAGAAAUAUUCGAAGAAGGUUCGGCAAUGCUUUCUGAAAGGCUAGGGAAUGAGCCAUCUGCAGAGAAAACCUCAAAUAUGUUUACAUGCGCUAUAUGUCAGACGGAGGUUGCUCCAAGUGAAGGCAUAUCAGUUCACGCCGGCUCCAUCUUCUCUACCAGCUCAAAGCCAUGGAAAGGUCCCUUCCUCUGUGUCGAUUGCCGCAACAAAAAGGAUGCUAUGGAAGGAAAACGCCCAAGCGGAGUUAAAGUGCUUUAACACCCCCACCUCAGUUAUUUUUAGUUAUUUGUUUGCUGCCAUUUUUUUUUCUGGCUAGCUGCAUCAUUAUUUCAUUCGCAUUCACGGGGCGGAGGCGGCAUCCAUGUAUCUAAAAAGCUAGGUGUUGUUUUGUUAUGUGAAGAUGACUUAUUUUAUUUUUCUUUAAUCCUUUGUUUGCAUUUUUGCCUGUGAACCAAGGGUUCUUCUAGUUGCAGUUAAUGUGUAUUGCAAUCGA